AUGAUAUAAUAGAUUAAAGAAUAUUACGAUUUAGAAGAAUUUUUAAGCUCUUCUCUUUUAUCUUAUUAGGUUCUCUGUAUUAAUCUCAAUGAUAAUUAAAUUGGUGAUGAAGGUGCAUCAGGCUUAUGUUCUGGUUUAGCAAAAUGCAUUAAUCUCUCAAAUUUGACACUUAACCUUGAUGAUAAUUAAAUUGGUGAUGAAGGUGCAUCAGGCUUAUGUUCUGGUUUAGCAAAAUGCAUUAAUCUCUCAAAUUUGACACUUAACCUUGAUUGCAAUUAAAUUGGUGAUGAAGGUGCAUCAGGCUUAGGUUCUGGUUUAGUAAAUUGCAUUAGUCUCUCAAAUUUGACACUUAACCUUGGGUGCAAUUUAAUUGGUGCAAAGGGUGUAUUAGGCUUAGGUUCUGCUUUAGGAAAUUGCAUUAGUCUCUCAAAUUUGACACUUAACCUUUAGUAAAGUGAAAUUGGUGAUGAAGGUGCAUCUGGUUUAGGUUCUGGCUUAGCAAAUUGCAUUAAUCUCUCAAAUUUGACACUUCACCUUGGGUACAAUGAAAUUAGUGAUGAAGGUGCAUCAGGCUUAGGUUCUGGUUUAGCAAAUUGCAUUAAUCUCUUAAAUUUGACACUUAACCUUGAGAAGAAUGAAAUAGGUGAUGAAGGUGCAGCAGGCUUAGGUUCUGGCUUAGCAAAUUGCAUUAAUCUCUCAAAUUUGACACUUCAGCUUAGGCGCAAUCAUAUUCGUGAUAAAGGUGCAUCAGGCUUAGGUUCUGGUUUAGUAAAUUGCAUUAAUCUCUCAAAUUUGAAACUUGUGCUUGAGGGCAAUCGAAUUGGUGAUGAAGGUGCAUCAGGCUUAGGUUCUGGUUUAGCAAAUUGCAUUAAUCUCUCAAAUUUGACACUUAACCUUUAUCAUAAUUAAAUUGGUGAUAAAGGUGCAUCAGGCUUAGGUUCUGGUUUAGCAAAUUGCAUUAAUCUCUCAAAUUUGACACUUAACAUUUCGUAAAAAGAGUUUAUUUGUUUUGGAUUGUGA